AUGGAAACUGUUUGGUUGAUGUAUUACCUAUUAUCCCCCAUUAUCCUAAUAGCCCUGUAUAGCAUAUCCCUUCACAUACUAAACAAGCUAAAAAACCUGCCUCCAAGCCCGUUCCCGGCCCUCCCUUUCAUCGGCCACAUCUACCUCCUCCACAGGCCUUUCCACAGGAGCCUCUCCGAGGUGUCCAGACGCUGCGGCCCGGCUCUGUUCCUCCGUCUGGGCUCCCGGCCCGUUCUCCUCAUCUCAUCGCCAUCUCUAGCUGAGGAAUGCCUCAGCAAGAAUAAUGACGUCAUCUUCGCCAACCGGCCCGAUCUCCUCAACGGCCGAUACUUCGGCUACGACUACACCAGCCUCUCGUGGUCGUCCUACGGCGACCACUGGAGAAAUCUAAGGAGGAUUUCCUCUCUUGAGCUCCUGUCGACACAUCGACUGCAGACGCUUUCGCAUAUCCGGGCCGAUGAGGCCUUCAGCCUGGCCAAAAAGCUCUAUCGCUUGACCAAGGAUGAGCCCGAGAAGGUUGUGGAAGUGAAAUCGGCUCUAUUUGAGUUCACUUUCAAUGUGCUCACGAGGAUGAUCACGGGCAAGAGAUAUUAUGGCAAGAGUGCGGAGAAUUCGAGGGAAGCGAAGGUGCUGGAGGAGAUAGCGGCGGCGACGUCGGAGGUAGCGUUUGAGACGAAUGUGGUGGAUUUCCUGCCGUUGAUGAGGUGGUUUGGGUUCGGAGGGGUGGAGAAGAAGCUGAUGUCGAUACACGACAAGAGGGACGAGUUUAUGCAGCGUGUCAUUAAUGAUAAUCGGAAGCUCAUGGAUGAUGUUGAUGUGAAGAAGAAGUCCAUGGUGCAAGUGUUGCUCGAUUUCCAGAGGUCAGACCCUCACUAUUACACCGACCAAACCAUCAAGAGUCUCCUUCUGGUGCUACUCCAAGGAGGAACCUCAACUUCAACGAUCGCCCUAGAAUGGGCAUUUUCUCUGCUGCUCGACAAUCCCGAAACCCUAAAAAAAGCCCAAUCCGAAAUCGACCGCCACGUCGGACGCAGCCGUCUGAUCGCGGAGUCUGACGUGGCGGAGCUGCCGUACCUCCGCUACGUGAUCCUGGAGGCCAUGCGGCUGCAUCCGCCGGUGUCCAUACUGAUGCCGCACCUCUCGUCGUCGGAGUGCGCGGUGGGCGGGUACCGGGUGCCGGCGGGGACGGUGUUGCUGGUGAACUUGUGGGAAAUCCACCACAGCCCGAAGAUAUGGGGCGACCCGGAGGUAUUCAGGCCCGAGCGAUUUGAAGGGGUGGAUGUGAAGAAGGGUUUGGGGCUGAGGCUUCUCCCUUUCGGAUGGGGGAGACGGGCCUGCCCGGGCGAGAAUUUGGCCAACUUGAAUAUUGGGCUGGGCCUGGGAUCGUUAAUCCAGUGUUUCGAAUGGGAGAAAGUUGGGGAGAUUGAUAUGAGUGAACAAGCUGGGACGACUACACCUAAGCUUCAACCGCUAACGGCCAUAUGCACGCCCCGUCCAUUUAUUGUUGAUUUUUUCGCAUAAUUUAUCAUCUUUUUUUCUAUUUUUCAUUGUGGAAUAUACACAUAUAUGCUUAUAGAUUGUAGUGUAGGGCCGUAUUAAUAAUUCAAUACUUUAUGGACUAUAUCUAUACAAUAAAUUUAUUAACAAUUCAA